GUGUAGACAUCUGCCUGAUAUGUCAGUUUCUCUAUUGUGGAGCAUCCUUCUGCCCCCUCUUCUCUUCUUUGUCUUGACAAUCUGGAAUCUGGCUCGUAAUUAUCGUGAGGCGUGUAAAGUAGGCCUUCCGAUCAUCGUUGUCCCCAUCAGCCCCGAGAAUCCGAUAUGGAUGAUUCUCGCUCGACACUUCUUACCCAUUCUGCAGUACAUUCCCUUUGGCAAUGGGUAUUUUACCAGAUUUUGCCAUAUCGGCUGGGAGUUCGACGAGAAGGCCCGAGCCCAUCUUGAGCUAGGAGAUGCUUUCAUGUUUGCGACCCCAGGAAAGAAUUGGAUCUACCUGUGCAACGCGGAUACCGCUCAUGACAUCAUACGACGCGAGAGACAAGGAGAUUUCGCGCGACCUGGGGAGUUAAUGGCGUUCUUAGACGUAUUCGGACCAAAUAUAUCCACAGUAAACGGACAGAAUUGGCAGCGACAACGAAAGGUCAGUGCAGCAAGCUUCAAUGAGCAGAGCAAUGUUCUUGUUUGGAAUGAGUCAUUUCGGCAGGGCAAGCAAAUGCUCCAGUACUGGCUUUCGGCGGGAAGUAAAGGAGUCAGCACCCUCGGAUACGAUACGAGAACACUUACGCUGGAUGUUCUUGUUCAUGCUGCAUUCGGCAAGUCGUUUGAUUUCCGGGGCAGCCAUGAGAAGGCCAAAUCGCAAGGACCCUUGAGUUACCGCGACGCACUCGCAAUCGUUCUACACGAUGCACUCUUGAUGCUCGCGCUUGGACAGGGACUUGUUAGACGCUUGGCCUUCAUUCCUAGACUUGGACGUCUCAGCGAGGCGGCAGAUCAGUUCAAAAGCUAUAUGACGGACAUGUUCAAUGAGAGCUCGCAAGCCGAACAUGGUCAGAAGGCUAGGGGCAACCUCAUCAGCUCACUAGUUCGCGCAUCUACGGACGAAAAGCUCAUUACACCCGAGGAGGUCAUCGGAAACGUUUUCGUCUUUAGUUUUGCCGGCCAUGACACCACAGCACACUCAUUUGCCUUCACAUUCAUGCUCUUAGCUGGACAUUUAGAGGUGCAAGACUGGAUAUCCGAGGAAAUCAGUUAUGUCGUCAAUGGUGAGCAAGACCUGGGGAAUAGAUACGAACUAUUCCCUAGGCUAGUGCGGACUCUUGCUGUUCUUCUCGAGACUCUACGUCUGUACAAUCCAUUGCUCAGUAUCGUCAAGGGAACCGAAACUCAGGCUGCCCGGCUCACUAUCGGGGAGCAGGACGUCCUUGUUCCUGCCGGUACACGUGUCAUUGUGAACAUCAACGCUCUCCACUCACUUCCACGAUAUUGGGGCGAAGAUGGUUUGGAGUGGAAACCGUCCCGAUGGAUUCAGACGAAGCCUGGCAAUGGUCCCGUGUAUGACCGUGAACACAUUGUAAUGCCGGAACAUGGUGCGUACAUUCCCUGGGGAGAAGGCAUGCGCACUUGUCCUGGAAAGAAGUUCUCGCAAGUGGAGCACGUCGCUGUCAUGGCUUCCAUCUUUUGUGAGCACUAUGUAGUACCAGUGAGGCAGAAAGGGGAGGACGAGGUCGCAGCGAGAACACGUGCUCGGAACACAGUGAAGGAUACUGGUAUGCGACUGCUGUUGCAAAUGUUUCACCCCGAGAAGACACCGCUAGAGUGGAAGAAGAGGCAUAAAGAUUAA